AUGAAUAUCUCAUCUUUCCGCUUACCGGUGAUCCCCAGAAUAUCGUCUGAUUUUUGGACUAGUAUUUUUUCCAGAAGUAAAGGUAUUGCUUCCGCUGCAGCUGGAAGAAGCUUUGCUUUUCAGUUCGUGCCAUGUUUGUUUGUCAAGAUCGAACUUUGUUUCUUCAGCACAACAUCAGAAUUUGAUGUCGUUGUGGCGGGAGGUGGGAUUGUUGGUUGCGCUACCGCAAGACAGUUAAAAAUCAAAAAUCCGGAAUUGAAAGUAGCAUUGCUAGAAAAAGAGGAUCAUCUGGCAUUCCAUCAAAGUGGUCAUAACAGCGGUGUUCUUCAUGCUGGAAUUUAUUAUGCACCGGGUAGCCUGAAAGCAAAACUUUGUGUUCGUGGUAUUGAUUUGGCAUAUAAAUACUGCGAUGAGCAUAAAGUACCUUACAAAAGAAUUGGGAAGUUAAUUGUUGCGGUUGAGCCAAUCGAAGUGCCACGUCUAGAAAAUUUAUUUCAACGAGCUGAGAAAAAUGGAUGCAGAUCAAUAAAAAUGAUUGGUGGUAGCGAAAUCAAGAAUUACGCUCCUUUUUGCAAGGGUUUGAAGGCACUCUGGUCUCCGUAUACCGGUAUUAUUGAUUGGGGAUUAGUUACAAAAUCAUAUGCAGAAGAUUUCCAAAAUCGUGGCGGCGUUGUUUAUACGAAAUAUCCAUUAAAAACGUUAUUGCUUGUUGGCGAAUCGAAAAAAGAGAACAUGGUCAAUGAUUAUCCUGUUAUGAUCGAAUCAGAACUCUCUUUGGUAGCUGUUGUUUUUCCAUUUAUUACAAUGCCGAAAAUUCGCUGUAAAUACUUGAUAACAUGCUGUGGGCUGCAAUCAGAUCGUAUUGCGAAACUUUCUGGUGGUUUGCCAGACCCGAAAAUUGUUCCUUUCCGUGGCGAAUAUCUUUUACUAACUUCUGAAGAGAAAAAGAAGCUUGUAACGACAAAUGUUUAUCCUGUGCCUGAUCCACGCCUUCCGUUUCUUGGUGUACAUUUCACGCCACGUAUGAAUGGAGAUGUUUGGCUGGGACCGAAUGCAGUUCUAGCGUACAAAAGAGAGGGAUACAAAUAUUCUCAAAUUUCAGUGCCUGAUUUGUAUGAUGCUUUAACUUACAGAGGUACGAGAAAACUCAUUCUCAAAUUUUUUGGUUACGGAAUGAAAGAAUUGUAUCGCGGAAUUUGGAUCAGAGCACAGGUGAAACAGUUACAGAGAUUCAUGCCUAACUUGAAAAUAUCGGACAUCACACGUGGUCCGGCAGGAGUUCGAGCUCAAGCCGUUGACUUAAAUGGGAAUUUGGUUGAUGACUUUAUUUUCGAUUGUGGUGAGGGAGAAUUGAACCAAUACGUAUUGCAUGUGCGUAAUGCACCUAGUCCAGGUGCUACAAGCAGUUUAGCUAUUGCGGAAAUGAUUUGUGAAAAGGCAUCUACUACGUUUGGUCUAAAACAUUAG